ACGCUCGAAAAAAAAUAAACGAGAUAAGAAAAGGCAAAACAAAGAAUAAAACAAAAUCCAAACCCUCUCCUCCCAAAAUCCCCCGACACGAUGUUAUCCCCUUCGAAUCUCUCGUAGACCCGCAGCCUCGCGUCGAUCAGAAGGGGCUGUUGAUCCGACCUGGGUCAUCCUGUUGUUCUCUGUGGAAAUAUUUGUGGAGGGAUUUGCUGCGGUCGGCGGCUGCGGCGGCGGCGAAAAUGAUCCGUCUUCAGACGUACGCGGCUUUCAGCCUGCUGGCGACGGCGGCGGCAGUGUACUACGCCUUCAGCAGCCGGGAGCAGUUCUACCCGGCCAUGAUCUACCUCUCCACCUCCAAGAUCUGCUUCGUGCUGCUCCUCAACACGGGCCUCGUCGCCAUGUGCGUCGCCUGGCAGCUCGUCAAGCGCCUCUUCCUGGGCUCGCUACGGGAGGCCGAGGUCGAGCGCCUGAACGAGCAGUCCUGGCGGGAGGUCGUCGAGAUCCUCUUCGCCGUCACCAUAUUCCGGCAGGACUUCUCCGUCUCCUUCCUCGCCAUGGUCGCCGCGCUGCUCCUCGUCAAGGCGCUGCACUGGCUCGCGCAGAAGAGGGUCGAGUACAUUGAGACCACGCCCUCCGUGCCCAUGCUCUCGCACGUCAGGAUCGUGUCGUUCAUGGCUUUCCUGCUCAUCGUCGACUGCCUCUUCCUCUCCAACUCGCUCAGGUCGCUCAUACAGAAGCGGGAGGCGUCUGUCUCAAUCUUCUUCUCCUUUGAGUAUAUGAUACUUGCAACAUCCACGGUGUCAACAUUCGUGAAGUAUGUAUUCUAUGUUAGUGACAUGCUAAUGGAAGGCCAAUGGGAGAGGAAGGCAGUGUAUACAUUUUAUCUGGAGCUCAUCAGUGACCUUGUGCACUUGUCCUUAUAUAUGCUCUUCUUCAUAGCUAUCUUCCUGAACUAUGGUGUCCCACUGCACUUGAUUCGUGAGCUGUAUGAGACCUUCCGCAACUUCAGAAUUCGCAUUCAAGAUUAUGUACGCUAUAGAAAGAUUACUUCCAACAUGAACGAACGUUUUCCAGAUGCUACAGCUGAUGAGCUCAAUGCGAGUGAUGCUACAUGUAUUAUUUGCCGUGAGGAGAUGACUACAGCAAAGAAGCUGAUAUGUGGGCACCUGUUCCAUGUGCAUUGUUUAAGGUCAUGGCUGGAACGCCAGCACACUUGCCCGACAUGUAGAGCUCCAAUCAUUCCCCCAGAUAAUGGACGUGCUGCAUCAGCUAGGCAGCAUGGAGGUCAACCCGCUGCAGGCACUGGCACUCCAGCCUUAGAAGGAGCACCAGGUGAGAAUGUGAACAGGCGCCAAGCAAAACUUGAAGUGGCUGCAUCAGCUGCUUCCUUAUAUGGAAGAUCUUUUGCUUAUCCUCCAGCGAACGGCUUGAAUAGGUAUUCAGAUCCUCCCCAGUCUACAUCAAGUCCUCCCCAGUCUACAUCAAGUACUCCACAAUCAGGAGAAGCAAGUAGUUCCAAUCAAUUGGAAAAAGACCAAGCAUUGCAGUUCCAAAACAUCAGUGAUCCUUUUGUACAUGGCGCUGGAAUAAGCACUAGGGAUCUUGAAAAAUCACUGCAGAAGGCACAGGAAAACUUUAUAAGGAGCCAGAUAGAGAUGUUGCAAAUCCAACUGCAAAUGGUGCAGCGUGGCGCUGCUUCAUCGGUAACUAACAAUGAGAGUGCAGAGCACACAAAAAAUGACUGAAGAUGUAAAUAGGCGAAGAUGAAGACGGGAUAAAAAGAACAUAUAGAUGGAGAUUUGGUGAUACCUGAGGGGAAACUCUUGCAUGAUGCCUUGCCUUGAUUUUGGUAGGCUUGUUCAUUUGUAUGUCCCUGUUAGUGGCCUCUUGUCGUUCUUUCUUUAUGUAGUGAGUUACGUAGUUUGAAUCUUUGUCAAUCCCAUAUAAUACCUUUGAUAGAGGCUGUCGUGUUGUAACAAUGACUAGUUUCACAGUAAUUGUGAGAUUAAGCAAAAUCCAUCUGCUGAGAAGAAAAGAAA